UACCGUGUCUACAAACAGUCAACACUCCUGUCUGCAGCUUCUGUCCCUGCACUUGUCCCUGUGUUACAGUAGUUAAUCUUUUCCUAACGUUAGGCGGCUGAAGUUAGGACUUUGAAGAAGCCAUUAAUGCAGCGGCAGAAGAACAGCAGUGCAGAAGAAGAGAAGGCAAGAAGCUAGCUCAAGCUAAAAUCUGCGCACCGUUUGCCGGACAAUAGUUUGGUCAUGAAGAGUUCCAAGGACACCGUCCAGGCCGCUGCUAAAGAGUUUCUACAGUUUGUUAACAAAGGAGCGUCUCCGUAUCACGUGGUUGAUGAGUGCAGACGGCGUCUGCGAGAGGCAGGAUUUAUUGAGCUGAAUGAGACGGAGCAGUGGGACAUCAAACCAGCCAGUAAAUACUUUGUGACCAGAAACUUCUCCAGCCUCAUAGCCUUUGCUGUGGGUGGAAAGUAUCUUCCAGGAAAUGGGUUUUCCAUGAUUGGAGCACACACAGACAGUCCCUGUCUGAAGGUAAAGACAAGAUCUAAGAGAACAAAGCAGGGCUGUCUGCAGGUCGGAGUAGAGUGCUACGGUGGAGGCAUCUGGAACACCUGGUUUGACCGUGACCUGACCGUUGCUGGCCGCGUUAUAGUCAAGAGUGAUGACAAACUGCUCCAGCGCCUGGUUCACAUCUCCAGGCCUGUGCUCAGGAUCCCUCACCUGGCCAUUCACCUGCAGAGGGACAUCAAUGACUCCUUUGGACCCAACAAGGAGAACCACCUAGUGCCCAUUAUUGCGACUGCUGUCCAGGAGGAGUUGCAGACUGGCUGUGCUUCAUCUGGAGAUGCAUCAUGUGCUGCUAAUCCGGCAGAAAAACACCACCCAGCACUGGUGAAGCUGCUGUGUACAGAGCUUGGCGUGGAGCCAGACGCCCUGCUGGACUUUGAGCUCUGCCUGGCUGACACUCAACCUGCGGCUCUGGGAGGCGUGUACGAGGAGUUUAUCUACUCACCUCGUCUGGACAAUCUGCACAGCUGCUUCUGUGCUCUUAAGGGUCUAUUGGAGUCAUGUUCUGGAGACACUCUGAUGACAGACACCAACAUCCGCAUGAUUACUCUGUACGACAAUGAAGAGGUGGGGUCAGAGAGCGCUCAGGGCGCUCAGUCCAACCUUACUGAGCUUAUUCUCAGCCGCCUCGCCGCCUCCUCCUCCAACCUCACUGCGUUCCAGCAGGCGAUGCCGUGUUCCUUCAUGAUAAGUGCUGACAUGGCGCACGCGGUGCAUCCCAACUACCAAGAGAAGCAUGAAGAAAACCACCGACCUGCAUUUCACAAGGGCCCAGUGAUCAAGUUUAACUGUAAUCAGCGCUAUGCCACAACAGCCGUCACUGCUUCUGUUGUGAGGGAGAUAGCCAGCCAAGUUGGUGUCCCUCUCCAGGACGUAAUGGUCCGUAAUGACAGCCCUUGUGGAACCACUAUUGGACCCAUUCUGGCUGCCCGCCUGGGAAUACCAGUGGUGGAUAUUGGGGGACCUCAGCUGUCCAUGCACUCCAUCAGAGAGAUGUGCUGCACCUCCAGUGUCCUACAGAGCAUCACACUGUUCAAGGGUUUCUUCGAGAUCUUCCCCUCCCUGAGGAAGUCACUGAUUGUGGAUUGUGGAUCCAGAUUACAAUGAAAUGAAUGACCAUGGGGUGGUUUUUUUACCAUGUUGAUGCCAAAAGAUUAUCUUUUUCAACCCCCAUAUCACUUAAUAAAACUUACACUUCCUACUCUUUUAA